GUCACUUCAAACUGAAAAACACGCUGCACUGCACACAGACCAGACGCUCGUGUGAGAGGAGAUGCGCACACAGCCUAGAAGCCUGGUUCUGAUCCUCGACCUGAAGACACUCUCACGUAGCUAAUAAGACACGUGGCGUCAGUUUUCCAUGACAGAUAUUGGCUUUUUAAAAUGCUCCUUAUGUCAUAAUAAUCUAAGCGGAUUCAGUUGUCUCGGAAACUGCUGAGCGCACUUGCUGGAUGCGUUUGGGUGAACAGGUGGCGCAAGAUCCAGCACUCCUAAUUUGCCGGACGUUAAGCGUUUAAUAGGAUACCUGCUUUUAGGUGCGUGAGAGUCGAGUGCGAAGUUUUUUCUCCCUUCUCAGACAAGGCAACAAAGAUGCCCGUUUUGGACCACGACAUGGGAACAGACAACAGGACGCACGACGGCGAGACCUCAGACAGCGCCGACGAUGAGAGUACCUUUUCGGGCUCCCUCGGCAGUCCUGCCCCGGACGUCCUCAAGAACUUUUACCACACCAAGCGCGUCGGGACCUACCUGAUCGGGAGGAAGCUGGGAGAAGGGUCUUUCGCAAAAGUUAGAGAAGGUCUCCACACUCUUACGGGAGAAAAGGUGGCGGUUAAGGUAAUUGACAAGCGAAAGGCCAAGAAGGACUCAUACGUCACAAAGAACCUGCGGAGGGAAGGCCUCAUCCAGGAAAUGAUUCGGCAUCCAAACAUUGCACAGCUGUUGGACAUUCUGGAGACGGAGAACAGCUACUACCUGGUGAUGGAACUGUGUCCUGGAGGGAACCUCAUGAACCACAUUUAUGAGAAGAAGCACCUUGAUGAGAGGGAAACUCAGAAAUACAUCCGGCAGCUGGUGCUGGCCGUCGAGCACCUUCACAGGGCUGGCGUGGUGCACAGAGAUUUGAAGAUAGAAAAUCUCCUGUUGGAUGAGCAGGACAACAUAAAACUCAUAGAUUUUGGCCUCAGUAACUGCGCUGGCAUAUUGGGAUACUCUGACCCUUUCAGUACCCAGUGCGGCAGUCCAGCUUACGCUGCUCCCGAGCUGCUGUCCAGAAAGAAAUACGGCCCAAAGGUGGAUGUUUGGUCCAUUGGAGUCAAUAUGUAUGCAAUGCUGACCGGAUCACUCCCUUUCACCGUGGAGCCCUUUAGCCUUCGAGCUCUGCACCAGAAGAUGGUGGACAAAGAAAUGAACCCUCUACCUCCUACCCUAUCUACUGCUGCCAUCUGUCUGCUGAAGAAGCUUCUUGAGCCAGACCCUCACAGGCGUCCAAAUAUACAUCAAGUGAUGACUGAUUCCUGGUUGCAGCUGGCCAAUAGGAACACAGGGGCACCUUAUCGCAGCAGAAUCCACAUUGAAGAAAUAAAUCAAGCAGUUUUGCUUCAUAUGACGGAGAAGAUGGGGUACAAGCACAGCGAAGUGCUGAGCGCUGUCCUCACCAACCGUGCCUGUCACACUCUGGCUGUCUACUUUCUUCUCAACAAGAAAAUGAAGAGGCUCUCCAAAGAGUAUCGGGAGAAACAGAUGCAGGAGAAAAAGAAGCUAGAGAAGCAACAAACGGAAUACUAUCAAACACAGUGGAGAAAGCACGUCGAUAAACUAACCAUCCCUCCUAAACAGACACCCGUCUAUCUGGCCGUUAGCAAAGGACAGAACAAAGAAAAGAAACACAAAACAGGUAUUCUAAGAGCGUUAGCAGUAGGACAUCGUAAGUCACCUCUGGCACCUCCGGGCACAGUUGCAUCAUCAUCCAUGGAGUACCUCGAGAUUCAUCCCCUCUUCCCCAACACUCCACAGCAGAGGAGGCGCUUGGCCACCCUCCCACCGGUCAACACAAGUCCAGAGCAUAACAUCCCUGCUCCACCAGCGCCAUCACCAAUCGGCAUGCACUCUUUUGGUUCCCUUUCGAAGGCCGAACAAAUUGAGGACACACCUUCCACACCCUGGUACAAGCUGACCAAUGGGACUCUGUCACCUCCACGCCACGUCUCUGCCUUCCAGCCCGACUCCUCUUACUUGAAAAAGGCCACCAUCCCCAGUCCCCCAGUCCUGAUUUCCAACCCACAGCCCAAGAAGAAUUUGUCAUCGGAUGGGUGUGGUUCCUCUGACACAAGUGGAAGCCCCUCUAGCAGUGUUGGAAGUCCGCCAGGAGGCUCAGCAUUUAUGCCACUAAAGUCUGCCUUUAGUCUAAUUAACCCCAACUCGGCAUUCAGUCCUCCGUCCAACAGUGCAAGUAGCGAUCCUGAGAGCCCAACACAUCGCAGCAAGCUUCCCUCUGUGGCCAAAGGACCCAAAAAGAAAGUCCCACUGCAACCUUUUACAUUCCGACCAGAACAAUUCAUUGAGGAAGUUGUUUCUCCACCUCCUUAUCCGAUGAAAACUUUGAUGUGUGCUUCAGGUGCACUGAAGACCCUUUGCUGAGGGAUUCGAAAAAAAAUGAAAGGAACAUUUGGGCCCCUCUCAACAGUUUGUAAAAGUUGGAGAGGUCUUCCAGAGCGGCCUUUUGAACUGUGAACUGCCCUUUUAUUCCAACUGAGCCACUUUUCACUUCAAUAUGAAAACUAGACAUGGGCCGGUAUGAGAUUCUCACUGUACAAUAACCUUCAGUAGAGACACAGCAUUCUAGUCAAGGUGUUAAUUAUACAGGCUGACGGUUGCUUGUCAACUGCAGUUGUCAAACAGCAGUUGUCGAGCUAAUAACAGGUAGCACACCCUUUUUAUUUCUUAUGUAACUCUGUGAGGGUUUUUAUUGUAACAGCAAAUUCUUCCAAACUACAGAAUUUGUAUCUUCUUGUAAGUAAUGACAUCUGUAGAGGCCUUCUUGUACUCAGCUGACCAUCAUUGUUCAGCAACAGGUUGAGGAGGAGGGAAAGACCAGAAAAUUUCAGUCACUCUGGCACUUUCUCCAACAUCUAAUUAAAAGGAUUUCGAGCAAUAGGAAAAAAUAUGAUGGAAAAAAUUCAAACCUUGUUAGUUAUUGAAUCUAGUGACCGGCCCAUGCCUAAUUAAAAUCUGAAAAAAAAAAAACAUGGAAGAAAAGGGUGAAAACUUACCAUUUUACCUCUUGAGUAUUGUGUUAUUACACAGCACGAUACUCUUGUGUUAUUACACAAACCUCAUCUUGAGAAUGUCAAGAUGAGAUUCGAAAUGGAUCCUCUCUGUGUCCAAGACACACAGUGAACUUGGGACGUCUUGUAAUACUGGCCUUGAUGACUAAUGCACACACUCACGCAUACACACACACAGAAACAAAGCCCUGUAAUAUAGACAAAGUUUGAAGUACUUUGUUUUGUAAUAUUGCUUCAUCUGGUUUGAGAGCAAGCAGACUGAUUCACACCAGCUAACAGGACCCGACUCUUAACCCUAACCCUGACUUUACAUGUGUAAAUGUUGUUGUCUUUGUAGAAACUCUGUAAUAUAGCUACCGACUUCCAGCCAGCUCACACUGUAGCCUGACUGCUGGGAGGGAAAAAAAGCUCACUGCACUAUUACUGAAUACCAAAACCUAUAGGAAAUAAAUGUGCUGACUAUCUUUUACCUCACUGCAUUAAUCGUGCAUUUUUGCAUACUGUAGUGACAGUCAGGUCUGACACACCUGUCUGUGUAGGAUGUGUCUAAGUGCUGGCUUUAGAUUUAACACAAUAAAACUACAUAGGGACCAACGGUAGAAUCAUAAGCUCACUUUUUUAUAAACUCGUUACCCAUCAGUGAUAAAUUACACUUCAUAACUUUUUAUACACAAGUAUUAACUCAUCAACAGAGAAACUCAUACUUUAUGGAUCAUUUCACAGCUGAACAUGCCAGUUUGUAGUCAGUAAAAUAAAAUAGAGCAUCAGAAGCCUUAUUAAACUUAACCACCUCACUGAAACACUGAGGGAUUUAAAGUGGGAACAAGUGCUACUCAUGUCACCUAACAACCACAGAAGAAGUAACUCACCUCCCUUUGUCUUAAUGCUGUAGUUUGUGCAAUAGUCUUAAGUGUUUAACUGCAAUGAUGAGUUUUUGCCAAGAGCUCUUUGAGCAUGAUGUGAACGUUGUUCUUUGUAAAUAGCUGUCUUAAGUGCCCCUGUCCCCUUCACGUUAAUAGUUCAGUAUAGGAAGAAUUUAAAAAAAAUGUUUAUGGAAAUAACCUUUUUACAAAAAAAAAAAAUAAAGAUAAGGCUUCCACAGGCACAAGGGAAUUUUUUGCCUCGCUAUUAAAUACUGAAAAGUUGCAUGAAUUGAACUGUAAUGUCACCAUUUGAAUUUAUGUCUUUGUAACUGCUUUUUCUUUUUGAAAUUGAGAUUGAUACAGACAUGCGGGGGGUCUUUUGUAAGAUUUUUUUAAUGGAUUGGUUUGAGUGUCAAGAGAUUUCUAUGCUGUAUAAAGUAUUUUAAAUAUCUAUACUGAA